AUGAAGACUGACAGAGUUGAGGACAAUGCUCUCAGGCACAUGGUGGCAUUCUUGGAAUUGUGCUGUGCAGGCCCAGAACCUGGACUCAAAGGUCUGAAGAAAUGGGUGGCUGUGGAAAGCGAUUCUGUUCAACCACAUCUGAGGAAAUAAGUAAUGUAAAUAAUGGCACUGGCAGCAGACAGACUUGCAACACUGGGAGCCACUGUUAAUUUGGUAAACCUGGGGUCACAGCAGCUGCCUGAUGGCUAAGUCCUCCCACUGCCUUCUGUGAUUCUUGGAGAACUGGGGAAGGAUCCACAAAACCCCACUGUAUGUUUCUACAGUCAUGUGGAUGCGCAGCCUGCCAAGGAAGUUGGCUGGAACACUGACCCCUACACACUGACUGAAAUCGAUGGAAACCUCUAUGGGUGUGGAGUAACAGACAAUAAGGGACCAGUCCUAGCCUGGAUAAAUACAGUGGAAACAUUUAGAGCUGUGAAAUUAGAUAUGCCAGUGAUUAAGUUUGUAAUUGAAGGCAUGGAAGAAGCAGGAUCCUUGGAGUUAGAGAAGCUACUUGAUGAAGAAAAACAGGGUUUUUUCUCUGAUUUUGAUUAUAUUGUAAUUUCAGACAACCUGUGGCAGCCUGCCCUUACCUAUGGGAGUGGGUGAAACGCCUGCUUCCUUGUGGAGGUUGGGUGUGGCAGCAAGGACCUUCACCCUGGAACUUUUGGAGGCAUCAUUCAUGAGCCGCUGCUGGAGCUGAUAGUGCUGCACAAUCACUACAGCCUUGUGGAUUCCACAGGUCGUAUUCAGAUCCCUGGAAUCUACGACAGUGUUGCUGCCCUGACAGAGGAGGAAAGGAAGUUAUAUGAAUUGAUUGAAUUUGAUCUAGAGGAACACAGAAAUAACUGUGCUGUGAAAAAAUUCCUCUAUGGCACCAAGGAAGAAAUACUCCUACACCUGUGGUGUUACCCCUCUCUCUCUAUUCAUGGGAUUGAAGGAGCUUUCCAUGAACCAGGCAUUAACACAAUCAUUCCAGCAAAAGUAAUUAGCAAAUUCUCAAUCCAUCAGGUUCCCCACAUGGACCUUUUGGUUGUGAAAGAACAGGUGGUGGAACACUUGGAGGGUGUCUUUUCCAAGAGGAACAAUCCAAACAAACUGAAAGAUGAUCUACUACAUAAAGCAGCAAGAAGGGCAAUAAAAACAGUUUUUGGAGAAGAUCCAGAUUUCAUCUGUGAUGGUUCAACAAUUCCUGUUGCCAGAAUGUUUCAGACUGUGGCGCAGAAAAUUGUGACGAUGCUUCCAAUUGGAGCGGCUGAUGACGGGGAGCAUUCCCAGAACGAGAAAAUAAGCAGACACAACUAUAUUGACAGAAACAAAUUGUUUGCAGCUUUUUUCCUGGAGAUAUCAAAGCUACAUUGGAACUUACAUGAAACUUCCCACACAGAGACUAUCAACUGA